AUGGCGAAAAACAAAGAUUUAGAUUUACGAUUGACAACAACCAUCAAAAUUCUUGCAUACGUCACUUGUGUCAAGUUACUUAGAAACAAGUCUUCAGCUAUGCUAAAGCUAUACAUUUUAUGUUCUUUCGCGAGACUCAGCGACGAAGUCUUUAUCGAAAUAGAAUGUUUCGUCGCAAUCAAUAAUAAAACUAUUUCUGAAUACACUGAAGAUUUAACUUCGAUAUUGUAUUACGGAGAAAUAGACGAAACGUACAUCGAUAUAUUUGUAAAUCAUUAA